ACUGGGAUCUUCGGGUGGUGCUCUACUGCAGUUAAAAUAGCUUAUGAAUUAAAAAUAUUGUAAAAAGGACUCCCAUAUGAUGUGUCUGUUGUAGACUUAAAUUUUUCAACUUGCCGAGAAUUAUUACGUUUAUAUCAUUGGUGAUAAAUAGUGCUAACAAUUCAUGUCUAAAAACAUGAGCCAGUCUCGAGCUGAGAAUAUUUGCCAAGCGGGUCAUCUGCGGGUAAUAUUGCCGUCGACUUUAGACGCCACUAUGAACAUGCCCGCACCUUUUAUUGAUAUUAUAACAUCUAACACUCAUGACAUACCACCACCACAAGUGGAUUUUUCUGCCCCACCACCAUAUGAUGUGGCCGCUAACUCCAAGCUGCCCACUUAUGAGGAGGUGCAGCGUGAGAAGCAGAUGGAAGGGGAUGGACCGGCUCAGGUGAUUAAGAUGCCAGCGCCUCCCCCCCGUCACUCAACCAUCACUGCCUUCGUAACUGUGGAGCCCACUGAGUCUACAACUGAUCAUCUUGACCCAGAGAAUAGCCUUCUCGGAACUGAUGUCAUGUUCUUGACUUCCUUUUUUGUUGCGUUCCUGUUCAACUGGAUUGGAUUCCUGUUAUUGAUGUGCUUCUGCCACACUGUGGCUAGCCGCUAUGGGGCCCUCGCUGGCUUCGGCCUCUCACUUGCCAAGUGGACCCUCAUUGUGAAGCAUUCCACUGAACUCGCUUCUCAUGAGAACUCAUGGCUGUGGUGGCUUAUCAUGGCCUUUGGUAUUUUGAUCUGCGUGCGCGCAGUCAUUCAGUACCUGAAUAUCAAGCGAGGUUGGCGUCUUCUUUCCGGGACUGCACAAGAGAGACUUCUCUUCUUCUACUAAACUCCUAUCUCACACCAUUUCUUUACUAGUUGAGGCUGUACGAGAAUCAUGCUAACUCUUUCUCACUUUUUCCUUAAGUUCUUGAAACUUGGAAUAUCGCAGUGAGUAGUUUUUUUCAUGAAU